GAGCUACGGAGAGCUGAGCUAUGGCCUCGGAGAGUAAGCUCUUGAGCGAACUGUGGGGACCUCUGCUCCCGUGCAAGGCCUCGGGGGAGGAGAGCGAUGACUGCCUGUUGGAGGAUGUGGAGGAGGACGAAGAGCCGAUGUUUGUCGAUGUCGAGGAGCUCUGCAGUGGGGGCAUUAAGGCUGGCAGCCUCCCGGGGUGCGUCCGAGUUGUAAUUUCUGAUGAGAACACUAAAAAGCAGUGUGAAGUGUCUGGACGUUUUCCAUUAACGGAUCCUUGGUGGCGAGUGAAGGUACAAGUAAAACCUGUGGGAUCACGGAGCUAUCAAGUUCAAGGAUUUCCAUCAUACUUUUUACAGUCUGAUAUGUCACCGCCAAAUCAAAAACAUAUCUGUUCCCUCUUUCUUAAAGACUGUAAUGUCUCCAGUGACAUUAUAACCAAAUUUUUAGCAUGGGUAAAUAAAAUAUCAAGCUAUGAAGACCUCAACUUUGAAAAUCUUAGGGAAACAUUAAGAACUUUCUACAAGGAAACUGAGAUGAAUGAAAGAAAACAAUCUACAAGGAAUAAACAGGAAGAGUCCCAGCCAGAUUAUGAGAUGCGCCUUCCAAUGGAAAACACAGUUCCAUUUAUAAAUGUAAUGGCAGCAUUGAAGUUUCCAAAAAUAAUGGAAUUCCUUCCAGUUCUUCUGCCUCGACACUUUAAACGGCUUAUAAGUUCAGUUUCUCAAGAGGUGUUAGAAAAGAUAGAAGCGAUUUUAGGUACGCAUCCAUGGAAACUUGGAUUUAGUAAAAUAACCUACAGAGAGCUGAAGCUUCUGGGCUGUGAGGCGAGUUGGACAGCGUUUUGCCAGUGCACGCCUCUCCUCCACCUGAUGACCGAUUUACAGAGGAACGGGCUCAUCAUCUAUGCCAAACUGAAGCAGCUGUGCAGAGAGCAUGGGCACACAUAUGUAGAAGAAGCUGACUUAACUUCUCUGUUGUCAGGCCACGUAAAUUUCCAUGAUGUUUGGCAGUCUCUGAAGUUUCUAAAGGAUAUUGGUGUGGUGACAUAUAAGAAGGCCUGUGUCUUUCCUUAUGACCUUUACCAGGCUGAAAGAGGCAUUGCCUCUUUAGUAGGUGACCUGAUGACGAGGCCUCCGUGGCGUUUACGAGUCGAUGUCAGAAAGGUGCUUGCGUCGAUUCAUAACAAAAUGCCCGAGAAUCCAAGAAGUGAUGAUACAUUGAAUGAAAGUAAACCGGAUGAAACAUUAGACACUUCUGAGGACAUUCUGAACACACAGGCCAGUGGUGAUCAUAUUGGGGAUAAUGGUGAAAAUGAAGGCGAUGCAGAAAUAAGUGACGAUCAGCUGGACCAGGACCAGGUGGCUGCUUUGGAAAUGAUCUGCUCCAAUGCUGUGACAGUCAUAAGUGGGAAAGGUGGUUGUGGGAAGACCACAGUCGUUAGCCGUCUCUUUAAGCAUAUAGAGCUGUUGGAAGAAAGCGAAGUACAAAAAGCUUGUGAAGACUUUGAACGAGACCAGGACGUACCAGAAGAGUGGAUUACUUUCGCCGAGCAAAGUCUACUGAAGGCAGACAAAACUAUAGAAGUUCUACUAACUGCACCUACAGGAAAAGCAGCCGGUUUACUGCGACAGAAGACUGGUUUUAGCGCUUACACACUACAUCAGGUCAAUUAUAGCUUCUAUGUAUGGAAUCAAACAAACAAGAGCAGUCCAUGGAAAUUUUCUUCAGUUCGAGUCCUGGUUGUGGAUGAAGGGAGUUUGGUAUCUGUGGGAAUCUUCAAAUCUGUUUUAAAUUUAUUGCUUGAGCACUCCAAGCUUUCUAAGCUGAUUAUCCUUGGUGAUAUUAGACAGUUACCCAGCAUUGAGCCUGGUAACUUGCUGCAAGAUCUUUUUGAAACUCUUAAGAUAAGAAAUUGUGCUAUUGAACUAAAGACAAACCAUAGAGCAGAAUCUGAGCUAAUUGUGGACAAUGCUACAAGAAUCUCAAACCGCCAGUUUCCAAAAUUUGAUGCAGAGCUGAUUGUCUCUGAUGAUCCAACAUUCCCUGUCUCAGUCCAAGAUAAAACGUUUAUUUUUGUGAGACUCCCAGAAGAGGAUGGUAGUUCUCAGUCAGCGAAAAGUAAUCAUCACUCUCAUUUAUAUUCUGCUGUUAAAACUUUACUCAAUGAAAAGGACCUACAGCGAGCAGACACAUCACAAUUUAUUGCAUUUAGAAGGCAAGACUGUGACGUCAUCAACGAGUGCUGUGGCAAGCACUACACAGGCCGCCUAAUCAAAGACCAUCAGAAUAGACUUAUAUUUGGAGUUGGAGAUAAAAUUUGUUGUACCAGGAAUGCAUAUCUCUCGGACUUACUGCCUGAAAAUACCUCUAGCAGUCAGCAAAAUAAUGAACUAGAGGGCAAUGGUGAAGACUACAACAGUACUCCUCAUGGUGUUAAUAAAAAUAAGCAUGACUUUGCAAGUGAUAUUCGACUAUGCAAUGGAGAAAUAUUUUUCAUAACAAAUGAUGUAACUGUUAUAACUUUUGUGAAGAGAAGAUUUUUGACCAUUAACAAUAUGGCUGGCUUGGAAGUAACUGUGGAUUUUGGGAAACUAGUGAAACAUUGUCGCAUAAGACAUGCAUGGGCAAAAACUAUUCACACUUUUCAGGGGUCCGAGGAGCAGACGGUGGUGUACGUGGUCGGGAAGGCGGGCCGCCAGGACUGGCAGCACGUGUACACCGCGGUGACCCGGGGCCGCUGCAGAGUGUACGUCAUUGCAGAGGAGGCUCAUCUCCGGAGCGCCAUUUUGAGGAACAAUGUUCGCAGAAAAACUCGUUUGAAACACUUUUUGCAAAACGAGCUCUCCACGAGCUGUGCAUCUCCAGCAGAAUUUGCAUCCCCGUCCAAGGGCUCUGGAGACAGCGGAGGACCCGGCACACAGCCGUCAGCAUCACUGCGCCCUCCAGCCACAGCUGACAUCGUCACAGACGGCGUCCCCAGAAGCCAGGCCUCUGCGGCUGAGGAUGAGACAUUCGCCUCUGCAGCUGGUGGCUGGAGAUGGCCUCCCUCUGACGAAGCGGAUGGAGGCAGAGAUCCAUCCCAAGCGCGAGGGUCCAAACGAACCUGCGUCACGAAUGAUGCUGAGAGUCCCAACAAAGUUCUCAUGGUGGAAGAAUCAUCUCCACAAGUGUCUUCCAAACUCCAGAAUUUGAGACUAAAUAGUUUAACCCCCAGGCAGCUCUUUAAAUCCACAGAUAAUCAAGGAACUUAAUUUUAUUUCCGAUUAUUCAACAAGAAUUUGUCUAUAUUUUUUCAUUCAACACAAAAUGGACAGCAUAACUUCAAAGUAUCAAGGUAAAGAGGAUGUCUAUAAUGAGUUUUAUUAUAAGGCAGUGUGUUAGCAGAUGUUUUAAAUCCAUUUGAUCAAAGAAAAUAAUUAUUUCGAUAUUUGUCAUCACGAGAACUGGUGGUACUGGACAUAAAUGAGGAAAAAUGAUGUCAUAUAUAUGUCGUAUAUACACAAAACUCUGUACUCUUAAAAAGUGUUUUAUUUCUAUUUGUUUUUUUUAAUUCUC